AGAAGGGGGGCGAAUUGUUUCUAGAAUCGGGGUGUAGGGGGUGGGGGGGUACACGCGCACAGCACCGUAACGAGACCGUUGCGAUAGAGAGAGCGCGAGAGAGAGAGAUUGUCGUGAGGAAGUCGCGUCGGGAGUCGUCCGGGAGUCGGGAUGCCCGCCGACCCCAUGGAGAAGUCUUCCAUUUCCCCCAACGUCGGGGCUCUGGCCAGCACCCCCCACACCCCGGACAAACCCAAGAGCGCCAGCGAGCACCGCAAGUCUUCCAAACCCAUCAUGGAGAAACGGCGCAGAGCGAGGAUCAACGAGAGCUUAGGGCAACUGAAAACCCUCAUCCUGGAUGCCCUGAAGAAAGAUAGCUCCAGACACUCUAAGCUCGAGAAGGCUGACAUCCUGGAGAUGACUGUGAAACAUCUAAGAAACCUCCAACGUGUCCAAAUGACCGCUGCUCUGACCGCUGACCCGACAGUGAUGGGCAAAUACAGGGCGGGAUUUAACGAGUGCAUGAACGAGGUGACCCGCUUCCUGUCCACCUGCGAGGGUGUGAACGCAGACAUCAGGAGUAGGCUCCUCGGCCACUUGUCGAGCUGCCUGGGGCACAUGGUGGCCAUCAACUACCCCCAGCCCCCCGCCGUCAACUCCCCACCGGGGCCGGGCGGGCACCUGGCCCAGCCUCUGCACGUGCAGCUUCCCGCCAGCGUGCCCCUGAACGCCGGGGUCACCGUGCCGUGCAAGCUCAGCCCGGCCGAAGGGGUCUCGCCCAAGGUGUACGGGGGCUUCCAGCUGGUGCCGGCCCCGGACGGGCACUUCGCCUUCUUGAUUCCCAACCCGGCUUUCGCCUCCUCCGGCGGGCAGAUGGCGGCGGGUCCUCUGAUACCCCUCUACUCCAACGCCAGCCUCCCAGCCACCGCCAGCCCUUCCGUCGCCUUGCCCUCCAACCCCGCGACCGUCUCUCCCAUCCACGGCUUGACGUCCGUGCCUUUUGGCACCAGCUGCUCGCCGGUCUCCCAGACGCACAGUCCGUUAGCUCUCAGCACAGGCCCCGACCGCGUCGAAUCCGUCUGGAGACCCUGGUGAUCAGGAAGGAAGUCAUGAGACUUUUUAUAUACAUAUAUAUAUAUUUUUUAUAUAUAUAUAUAGAUAUAUAUUAAACAAAACAUGUUCCAUUGUUCGGGACAAUUGUACUUAUCUUCAUAAGAAACUUAUUUAUUUAUUUAUUUGUUUGGAUGUAACUGUACUGUCCAGCGACCCCUCGGGAUGUCCUCGCGCCGUGAGAGGCGCUUCAAACAAAUGUCAUGGUUUUUUGUCGUUGUAAAUGUUGUACAUUUUUGAUCUCUUGAAAUUGAAGUGAAAAUUUUCCUAAUUAAAAAAAAAAGAAACGAAA